AUGGCAAAGCCCACUCUAAAGCCCUUGCCGGCCAAACCAAUUGCAGCUCAGACCGGAGAAAAUAUUCUCAAACCUCGGUACAUCUCGACAACCAAUAUCCCGAUCGAGCCACCCACGACUCAGCCACCAAAGACUGCUUCGAAGAAGCCGGUUUCCCCCAAGACUGCUGUGUCUAUGCAGGUUGCCGCUCUCGCAAAAAAAGCUGCUCUCUCGAGGGCUGCUCCUUCACCCAAGGCUGCUGCUCCCUUGAAGGUUGUUCCCCCACCGAUGUCUGGCACCGGUCUGCCUCCCAAGCCCCCCGUUCCCAUCAAUCGGUUCCCAGAAGAGGACUCUAACCGCUCUGCCCCUCGAGUCCCCGGCACUUCGGUUGUGAAACCGGAGUCAAGCCCCCCUUUUCCUCAUACCUUCUCGAUCAGAAUGGCCACUUCAGGAGACGACAAACCCGAAAACAAGGAGCCACAGCAGAGUAUCAAAACCCCUACUCUACCCUUGAUCACCAACCUCCGCCCUCGCGACGAGCCUCAGCCCGAGAACAAAUCCGACCCCAAGCCCGACCAAGCGUCAACUCGCUCCACCCAGAAACGUAAAAGAGGCGACACCUCUUCCGCGGCCGAGCUCAAGAUAAUCUGGGCCCUGUGCUUCGAGCAUCGACAGGCCCACGAUGUGUCCCGCCUCGGUCACUUCGCACUUCCCAUCCCGUCACAUUCACUUCACCUCGUCUCUCCCGUGCAGCUUGAUCGAGCCAAGCGCUACGUCAUUCCGGACAUCAUCCGUUUCGAGGUGACGCCGCUGCAGCUCGACGGUGAGGCCUCACCUAUAGAUCCAGUCAGAGCGGAACUGUUUGCCUUGGAUCUUGCUCAACAUGCUACUCCCGCAUACUACAAACUCCAACUACGCCCUUCCACGAACCAAACAGACGGUCUCGCCUGGCCGGUCUUGCGAUCCAUGCAAAUCGCCUGGGAACUGACGGCGCGCUGGUACAAGGAGGUCAUCGUUGAUGGGGGAUGGGCUGAGCUGGGCCGUAUGGAUCGCGAGGACACGGUCAUGCCUGAUGCCAUGGACAUGGAUGGUGACGAGAACGAGAACUCCAAGAACUCCAAGAACGACAAGACUACCUCGCAUCACGACAAGAUCACCGGUAUGGGGCUCGGUGACUUCGUCGCCAGCGAGCUGAAGAAGACUGUCACCAAGACGAAGCAUCGUCGUGACGAACCCAAGGGCUCUGUGGAUAUCGACGAUGAGAUAUCAAGCUGGUUGAGCCAUCUUUGGAGGGAGCAGAACUAA